GUCUCAUCACCAACUUCCUGUUUCAUUUAAUUUGGCUUUUGCAUCUCACAGGCAUUUUUUUUCAAACUCCUCAUAAAUACAGGGCAGUUGGGGGUUAAAAAGACGGAAAACAGAGCAGAGACAGAGAAGAAGCCAACCCAUCAAUCUUUCUUCUUACCAUUACUAUUUCUACUCUUCCAGCUGCUUUGUAUUCUGCCCUCAUCUCAGAACUCACACAUACUAACUAUGGAUUGGCCGCACAACAAGCAGCUGGGUUUUUCAGUUGCUCUCCUUCUCUUCCUGAUUUCAGCAGCCAUUGAUGGAGCUGGAGCAGAUGCAACAGUCAUGGGCACCGUCUUCUGCGACCAAUGCAAAGAUGGUCAAAUCUCUUUAUUCGACUACCCCAUGAGCGGCGUGAAGGUCAGAAUGGCGUGCGCGGACGGGAACGGAGAAACGGCGACGUCGAGGGAAGAGACUACGAACUACUUCGGAGGUUACACCAUGAGAUUCGACGGAACCCCGGAUUUCAGCAACUGCUAUGCCCAAUUGCUCGAAGGCGGCGGCGGCGGUACAAAUUCAACUUGCGUAGCGGCAGCUGGGCCGCCGAAGAAACUCCGGCUGAUGUUCAGCAUGUUCGGGAUGGAGAUGUACAAUGUCGAUUCGUUGCUCUCUCAGCCUGCUCAGCCCAUGUCGUUCUGCCCCAAUUCCCCUCCUUCAGCCACUCCUGCACAACCUGCCAGACCACCGCCGUCGCCGCCGGUGCCAUCUUCGCCGCCUCCUGCUUUAAGGCUUCCCCCAGUGCCUCCUCUGCCACCGAUGCCGUUCGUCGAAGCUUCAGCUUGUUCUCACCAGACAUGGAUGGCGCCGGAGUACAAGUGCUACUGGAGAAUAGUGAGCCCAGACACAAAAGUGGCCGUGGCCUUUGGGCUUCUGGCGGCCCAGAAGUACGGGAACGACUUGACGCUGGGCCAGGCCCUGCUUGGGAGAGGCGAUCCAUACAGGACGCUGCUGCGGGAAGCCACGACGUCGCUGCUCAACUCGUACAACAGCCUCCAGUUCCGAUACGACGCCGUGAAUGUCGUGACUCGGACGAACUUCGCGCUGAUGGGCUCGGAGAGGGCCGUGCUGCUCACGGCGCUGAGGUUCAUUAGGGCCAACUCUGGAGCCGGUGGAGCUGCCUGCAGGAUGUCUCCUUGCAAGUGAACUCGAAUCGUCUUGAUAUCGAUAUAUAUGUAUUACUACGUAAUUCAAUACGAGAUUAUUUGUAUUUCCCUUCUGGAUUUUCUUCAUUGGGUUAGAGGAAUAGUGGAGAAAUAGCUGGACGACUAUGUAGUAAGUACCAUUGUGAAGUUGAGCUACUAUUUGUAUUGUUAUUGCAUUGAAAUUAUGGGAGCUAUAUUAUGCUAUGUUGUUGUUUUUAUGUGAGUGAGUGCUCAAACAAGCCAAACAAGGCUUUAGGGCCUCUGUAAUAGUCCAAAUCCAUGAAACGCCGGCCCAUUUGUACGAAGCCUAGAUCUGCAGCCGACCGUUACAAGAAACAACACCCAGCGGGCCCAAUGAGAAGUGGUGUUGGGACCAUACAAGAAAAUGGCUAAAAUUUUGGUGACCAAUUGGGCAUUUAAGCCAAGAGGUCCUUCCAUUAUCUCCAAAAUUUUCAAAUACAAAAUUAAACACAAAAAAGUACUAAUUAAGUAUAGACUUUCUUUUUGGUAGAGUCUCCAUAGUACUAUAGAUGAACUUUUGCUUAACGCCUCAACCUAAAUGAUUAUAGCCUUCUCCCUUUGGUCUUUACAACUGCGCCUAAAUUGCUUUUAAUGAUUUUUUUUCAUCAAUAAGUUGAUUCUAAUGGCCCAAACAAACUUGAAAUAUAUGGACGAAAAAUGCCAAUUGCCAAUCUUAUAUGGUAUUAUGUAAUAAAACUUCUAACUUUCA